AUGUUAAAUGAUUUAUCGUUAUUUCAUGAACACAUAGAUCUAGAUCCUUCUCUUCAUAAAAUGAGUUUAAAUUCAAAAUACAAUAUGGUUAUUAACAUAUAUAAAAAUUCUACAGAUUUUUGUGAAGCAUUCAAAAAUGGCGCUCGUCAUAUACUUUUUUUUUCACAAAAUUUUGAAAAUCUCAAUAUUAAUACCUUCAGAUGUAUGGUUCGUAAAUAUAGAGGAUUAUUUAGGUAUAUGCCGUCAAGAAGUGAUGUUGAUAAGAAGUAUAUGUUGUUCCUUUACAUAAGAUUGAUGAAAACAUCUAUUAAUAUGACAAAGAAAGAUUUUUUUAUUAAAAUCUUUGAGAUGAAUGAGUUAAAUGAUUUCUGGUUAUUUUAUUAUUUUUUUGGAAGAUCAUUUGCUGUUGAAGAAGACUAUGAAAAUCUUAAAAUGGUAAUAGACAAAGCCAAAAAUGAGUUAGGAGAAAUUUUUUUAAAAAAUGAAAAAUUAAUUAAACUAGAAGAAUAUUUAUUAAAUAAUUUAAAAUCACCUUCUGUACAAAGUUAUUCACAGGAUGUUAUAUCAAUUGGUUAA